ACUGCAGGGUCUCUCCUAACCCGACCAGCUCUGCUUCCCCAGCAGCAGCCCAACUGGAGGGAGAUCGUCAACCGGAAGCUAAAGUUCCCACGGGGGCUGCUGAGCGCCAUCCAGGACGGGAACCUGCCUGUGGUGCAGCAGCUGCUGCAGGUGGGCGAUGGCAUCCUGCGGCAGCUGGACGAGACCGAGGACCAGGCAUGGUGGGAAGCCCUCAACCUGGCCAUCCGUGCGGGCGGGGAGGAAGUGGCCAAGGCCUUGCUGCGCUACGUCAAAUUCGACUUCCGCCAGGUCCACGAGGCCCUGCUGGUGGCUGUGGACACCAACCAGCCCCACGUGGUCAAGCUGCUGCUGGACCGGCUGAACCAGGAGAAGGGACUCAAGAUGGACCUCAAGUCCUUCUCGCUGGCCUUCUUCGACAACACCAUCGACGCCUCCCACUUCGCGCCCAGCGUGACACCGCUCACCCUGGCCUGCGAGAAGGACCUCUACGAGAUCGUGGACAUGCUGACGCAGAAAGGCCACACCAUCUCCCACCCCCACCACGUUUCCUGUCCCUGCCUGGAGUGCACCAACGCCCGCCAGUACGACCUGCUCAAGUUCUCCCUCUCCCGCAUCAACACCUAUAAGGGCCUCGCCAGCCGCGCCUACCUCUCGGUUGCCAGCGAGGAUGCCAUGCUUGCUGCCUUCAAGCUCAGUCACGAGCUCAAGCGCCUCUCUCGCAAGGAGCCCGAGUUCAAGCCCGAGUACCUGCGCCUGGAGCAGCUGAGCCAGGAGUUCGCCUUCGAGCUGCUGGGGAUGUGCCGCAACCAGAGCGAGGUGGCGGCCGUGCUCAACGACCUGGGGGACAGCAGCGAGGAGGAGGAUCUGGGCAGCCAGGCCUUCGAGGAGGGCAUCCCCAACCUGGCCUGGCUUCGCCUGGCCGUCCAUUACGACCAGAAGAGGUUUGUCACGCACCCCACCUGCCAGCAAGUGCUGUCAUCCAUCUGGUGCGGGAACCUGUCCGGCUGGCGUGGCAGCAACACCCUCUGGAAGCUCUUUGUCUCCUGCUCCAUCUUCCUUACCAUGCCCAUCCUGUGCCUGCUCUACUGGGUUGCUCCCAAGUCCCGGGUGGGCAAAAUGCUGAAGAUCCCAGUGAUCAAGUUCCUCCUGCACUCCGCCUCGUACCUCUGGUUCCUGGUCUUCCUGCUGCUGGAGUCCGUGGUGCUGGAGCGCAAGCACAAAGACUUCCUGGGCCGGAGCCAGACCUUGUGGGGCAACUGCUGGCACAUGAUCUGGGUGGCAGGUAGGUCACGUGGAGGGAGCCCUGGCAGGGUCCAGAGCUCCAGCAACCUGGCAGACGAUGCCGACGUGGAGUGGAAGUUUGCCCGCUCCAAGCUCUACCUGUCCUACUUCCGGGAGGGCCUGACACUGCCUGUGCCCUUCAAUGUCAUUCCAACCCCCAAGUCCCUCUUCUACAUGGUCAGGGGCAUCUUCCAGUUCAUUUGCUGCUGCAAAGCCAAGAAGCAGCAGGACUGUCCCUCGAUCCCCACCAUUGUAAGUGUCCCGCACAACACAGCGGCUGGUAGAAGCUGCAUUGGCCGUGUGGCCGUUGGUAGAAGCCACGUUGGCUGCGAGGCUGUUCUGCGAGGCUGGAUGAAUGGUAAGCAGCACCGUUCCCUGGUACCUGUGUAAUUCCUCUUCCCCUUCCUCACCCCAGGCUACCUCAGACGCG